AUGUCAAAUGCUGGACUGGAGGGGGGUGACGCGGCCAAGUUGACUGAACGCUUGGUUCUACGACUUUUGGCCUUUGCCGUAGAUGUGCUCCCCGAGUUCGUGACCGAACUCUACGCGGAUGACUUGGCGGAGGCUGGUGGGUUCAACAGGAAACGGCUGAAGAACAUCAGAGAGUCUUAUGUUACGGCCAUAGACCUUAAGGCGAAGCGAGAGCUCACACUGACAGAGAAGCUCAUCAAAGAUGAGCUGGCCUUUCAAGCGGAGCAUGGAGAAAAGAUGUUGACAGAAGCUCAAACCUGGGACGUUGACAAUUUGGGCGUGCGAAUCUUUCUUUUCCAUGAGAGUGGGCUGGCCACGAUGCGGAGCCUUCUGGAGACCGCGUUGCUUUUCACACCGCUGCAUACGAAAGGCGUUGCGCCGCUGGCUGCCAAACGAAAUGUCGACUUCUUGAAGAAGUACAUGGGUAUUGACAUAAAGACGAAGCGCGUGGAUCAUGGAGAGCUGGUUUUGAACGAAUCUGACAUCCACAGCGGUGACUUCCUUGGCGUCAUCCGCAUGGAUGGCUUAGAUCCAAUGCUGGCUUUCGGCAUGGGUUCCCACACUGGACACACUGCUGUAGCCCUUUGGGAGGAGGGGCAACUCUACGUGGCGGAGAGCACCGUCAACAGCUCUUACUGGUACGCUUUUGGUCGGUGA